AGGAAAGUAUCACGCGAGAAACUAUACGUUGUGUCGAAUGAAUUGGCACCACUCUUAGGACGUACAUGGAUUCGACAUCUAGGCAUAAAUCUUCAAGAAAUCGACAACGAAGAAAGGAACAACAUCAACCAUUCUCAGAAUCAAUUAAUCAACAAUAUCGAAGAUAUAGUUAAUCAAUUUCCUGAAAUUUUCGAAGAAAAGAUAGGAUGUGUACCAAAGGUCACAAUUUCACUCCAAUUGCGAGAAGGUGCAAAAUCGAUUUUUCAUAAGGAAAGAGAAGUACCAUAUGCACUACGGGAAAAAGUCGAAAAGGAACUUGACGAUCUUGAAGCAGCAGGUAUUAUUUCAAAAGUAAACUUGAGCGACUGGGGAUCGCCUCUAGUAGUUAUUCCAAAAGUCAAUGGAGAUGUUCGCUUGUGCGUAGAUUACAAAAUUGGAGUAAACCAAAGACUAGUAUCUGCAAACUAUCCAAUUAGACGAAUCGACGAAAUAUUAAAUAGUCUCCGGGAUUCACAUUAUUUUUGCCGUCUCGAUUUAUUCAAAGCAUAUUUACACUUGCAAGUCGACAGUAAAAGCAGUGAAAUUCAAACUAUUUCUACUCACCGAGGCACAUAUCGAAUGAAUAGGCUCUCAUUUGGAAUAAAAACAGCACCAUCAGAAUUCAACCGCAUCAUAGAUCAAAUUCUAUCGGGCCUCAAUAAAACUCUGGCAUAUUUCGAUGACAUUAUUGUCCAUGGAUCUACCAAGGAAGAAUGUCAACAAAAUUUAUAUGCCUGUUUACAACGCUUAAAGGAAUAUGAUCUACAUCUUAAUAAAAGCAAAUGCUUAUUCUUCCAAGAAGAAAUUGAAUACCUUGGGCACAAUAUUGGAUUCAACAAAAUUUCAAAAUCUCCAAAGAAAAUCGAAGCCAUAAUUAAUAUGCCGAGACCAUCCAACGUUGGAGAUGUACGCCGUUUCUUAGGAUUUGACUACGAAGUCGAAUAUAAAAAGGGAUCUGAAAAUAUCAAUGUAGAUUGUUUAUCCAGAGCUCCAGUAGAUCAAAAAUAUUAUUCAACGGAUAUUGCCAUCAAUGAAGAAGUCCACCAACUAUGUUAUUUAACUAUUUUCGAAAUUUCAUCUGAAAAUAUUACAGCCGAAAAUAUUAUACAAGAAACCGAUAAGGAUGAAACUCUUUCAAAAAUUAAAAGGAAACUACUCAGCGAAGAAGCCGAUGACAUCGAAUAUACUCUCGAAGCAGGAAUAUUAUUCAAAGGACAACGCGUAGUUAUCCCAAAAAUCCUACAACCACAAAUCCUCGAAGAAUUGCAUAAAACGCAUGUUGGCAUUACAAAAAUGAAACAGCUGGCACGCCGUUAUUGCAUUUGGAAAGGAAUCGAUCGAGAUAUCGAACGAAUGGUAAAAUCAUGCCAAAACUGCGCAGAAGUAAAAACCAGUCCGGCAAAAGCUCCAUUACAUCAAUGGGAACAACCGACAUCUAACUGGAACCGUAUUCACAUAGAUUAUGCAGGUCCAUUCGAGAACCAUUAUUUUUUAGUAGUAGUAGAUGCUCGAUCUAAAUGGGCUGAAAUUCGAAUCAUCAAGGAAGCACCAACAUCAGAAAAGACCAUCGAACUUCUAAAAGAUAUUUUCUCAAUCCACGGAUUUCCUGAUGUUAUGGUCUCCGAUAAUGCAACAAUAUUUGUCAGUGAAAUAUUCAAGCAAUUUUCUCGUGAAAGCGGUAUCUUCCAAAAAUUCAUAGCGCCAGGACAUCCUGCUACCAACGGACUCGCCGAAAGAAAUAUUCAAACAUUAAAACAACGUCUCAAAUCCAUGAAAGAUGAAAACCUAACAUUAAACCAAAAAGUUCGAGAAAUCUUAUUUAGAUACAGGGCUACUCCACUCGCAUGUGGGAAGUCUCCAGCGGAACUUUAUCUUCAUCGUGCUAUCCGGAUUAAAUUAGAUGCUCUCAAACCAUGCAAGAAGACGAGUAAUUACCAGAAAAUUCCAGGCACUCGCAAUUUACCAGUAGGAGAGAGAGUACAGGCACGAUAUUAUACGAACUUAAAGCCUACAUGGAAGUUUGGUACCGUCAUCAGGACUUGGUCAACUCCAUUAUCUUAUCAAAUUAGACGAUGGGUACAUUUUCAAAAGACACAUCGAUCAAUUACGCAGCACGGAAGUAAAAAAAGAAGAAGUUCGAUUUGCACCAGAUACUAAAGGAGGGGAAGAAGAGAUCAAACCAGAAGAAAAAUUCUUUGCGGAACUGGGUCACUAUAUGGAGUAUUCGAAGCCAGCUUCACCAGUUUCAGUCGCCAUUCUACCUGAAGAUCCAUCAGAAGGACCUCCUGUAGAUCAACCAAGAACAUUACCAAAUACUAUUAGACGGUCACAGCGUAUACGCAAGGCGCCAUCACAUUUAAACAACUACAUUUUAAAAUAAUAUUCCUUUUAUUAUUCCAUGCUAUUAUCACAUACUAUUUAAUUUUCAGAAGAUAUUCAUGUUUUCUUUUAAGUGUGGGAGAAUUAUUAUGAUUUUCUAUUGGUCGAUAUUUGGUUGAUGGCUGAUCUCCCUUCAGAUUGAUCAGAUGGCGCAUGCUGUUUUUCCGGCAUGCGGAGCCUCUCUGUUCAGAUAUGUAUGAUUCAAGACUGUAUUGUUGUUAUGUAUCUUUUCGGACGUAAUAAUAAAAAGGAAGUAUCUCUAUCAAAUCGUUGAUGCUGAUUGCACCCCUAAAUUGUCGUUACAACAAUUUUGGCGACGAGGUGAAAAGAAAAAAAAAAAAUCUGACAUUAUAUCGAACGAGAUAAGGAAACAAAUAAAUAACCAACCAUAGAUCAGGAACAGUUUCAACAAUUCUUAUCCUUAAUAAAUCAGAGCCAGCAGCAGUUAAUCACGCGUGUAUUAUCCGUCCAACCUCAAGGGAGCUCUCAGCAAGGUACCCAACCUCUAAUCAAUACUACACUUUUACCGUCAUUCGAAAAUUUCGACGCCAAGAAGGAAAGCUUCAGGUACUAUCGUCAACGAUUUGAAAAUUACUUACAAAUCAAAGGUGUUGCAUCAGACAAAGCACUAUGUGCAAAAAUGCUCUUAAAUUCUAUCGGUGCUACAUACUAUAAUAUGUUAGCAGCAUUAGUAGCUCCUCAAAUGCCCACAAUGCUAGAAUACCAAAAUCUCGUAGAAGUCUUAGAAAAACAUUUGUGUCCUAAAAAGAAUAUUUAAGUUGCACAACAUCGAUUUCUGUCAACGUAUCAAAACGAAAAUCAAUCGUUAGCCGAAUACACAGCACUUCUACGCCGGGACAUUGCUGAUUGUGAAUUUAUAUCACCAUGCGACUGUAAAGUUUCUAUUGCAGAAAUUUUCUUACGUGCACAGUUUAUUAGAG